UGUGUUAGAGCAGGAAAACACACUCAAAUGUGCAGGGCAGCAGAUUGGCCUGCUGCAUAAAUCUGCAGUGGUCUCUUUCUCAGAGAGAGAGAGAGAGAAGAGGGGUGAACGGUGCAGUGCAGAGCACACACCCAAACUCACUAUAAAUUCAGAGAAGCAGCAUGAAUGUGUGUGACUGUGUGUGAGUGAGUGUGUGUGUGUGUGUGUGUGUGUGUGUGUGUGUGUGUGUGUGUGUGUGACUGUGACUGCUGAGUCAGUUAAACUGUAAUACAGAGGCGAGAAUGGUCAGAGAGCAAUGCAGCAGCCAAAAGAAACUGGACAGCUGAAAAACUUCUCCCAGUUACUCAGGAUGGCUAGAACAUAGUCUUGUUAAUCAUGGCAAUUCUAGACCAGGAUCAGGACCAGGAUCAGAUUAUCUACGCUUAGUUACAGCUUGCUGAAGGUUGGUGUCUUGAACUAGAACUAUUAGGAUUGUGUGUGAGACUGAGUGAUGGACAGAGAACACCGCUCCCAUCUCCGAAGUAAGCCAGAAAUAGUGACCAUCCCGGCCCUGUACCGCAUGGCCCUGUGUGGUGGUACCCAUGGCAACGAGCUGGCGGGGGUUUACCUGCUGCGCCAGAGCAUGAGGAGGAAGCGGAAGGGCAGCAUGGUGGAUCCGGUUACUAUGGUAACAGUAAUGGCAAACCCGCGUGCUGUGCAGCGGUGUGUACGUUACACAGAGAUGGAUCUCAACCGCUGCUUCACACACACUACACUGAGUGCCCCCGUCUCUGAUAUCACCCCGUAUGAGGUUGUUCGUGCUCAGGAGCUGAACGCUCUGCUCGGGCCUAAAGGCGACUCCGCAGCAGUGGAUCUGCUCUGUGAUCUCCACAGCAGCACUGCAAACGUAGGUCUCUGCGUCAUCGCUCACUCCGACAACGACUGGAUCUGCCUGCACAUCUGUAAACACCUGCAGAGGGAGCUGGCCACCAUUCCAGUGCGCUACGUCCACUACGAUGUUCCCAAGAGUGAGGCUUACACAUUGCACUCUGUUGGGAAACAUGGCUUUGCGAUGGAGGUGGGUCCUCAGCCACAUGGCGUGAUCAGAGCCAACGUUUUUACUGCCAUGCAAGAAGCUGUUCAUCUCACACAUGAAUGGGUUCGUCUUUUCAACUCAGGGGCCCAGUUUGAGAGUGGCUCGGUGGAUGUUUACACGAUGGUGGAGAACAUAAAAUACCCUCAAGAUCCUCUUACACACACCAUCACAGCUGCUGUACACCCAGAACUACAGGAUAGAGAUUUCUGUCUCCUCCACCCAGGUGACCCCGUCUUUCUCUCUUUUUCUGGAGAAACUCUGAGGUACAAAGGGAAAGAGGCACUCUAUCCAUUCUUCAUCAACGAGUGUGCGUUCUACGAGACGGGUGUCGCUCUGUCUCUAGCUAGGAGAAGGAAGGUGGAGAUUCCGGCCGUGCAAUGCAGAAGAACGUGAAGUGCGCACUUGUCAAUUAUGGAAAUCCCAGUGUUUAAAUGCCUGAAUUUUCGAUAAAGGACCUGACUAGAUGGGAACCAGCUUUUGUCUAUACCUUCAUUUGGUGAACCUUAAAGUGUCCAUGAAAUAAAAAUGUGUUUCAGAAUUCUUUCAGAACUUACAUGAUUCAUGGUGAUAUUGACCUCCGUAUACAGGAAUCUGUUCUUAGAAAAUGACAAAUAGUUGUUGUGUAUACAUACACCGGCCAGGCAUAACUUUAUGGCCAUCGAUCAGGC